AUGUCGCAGGUUCAACCAGAAGUCAAACCUGAGGACGCAUCUCCAUCCUUCAAGCAAGCCACAACCGGCGCGAUGACUGGACGGCCUACAUGCUCAGUGUGUGGACGAACAUUCUCCACAAAACAGAAUAUGGAGACCCACAGGCGUCUCCACUUCGAUGACAAGCCCUUCGCCUGCAGCCACUGCGAUAAACGCUUCAAUACACGCUGGAAUCUCAACGGGCUGGGCCAAAUCCGGUGUCACAAGUGCCAUCACUGCGGUAAGAUGUUCUCAGACAACUUUGCGCUGACCAUGCACAUGCGCACUCAUACCGGAGAGAAACCGUUCAAGUGUGACGUGUGUCAGGCCUCCUUCUCGGUCAAGGGCAACAUGAAGCGGCAUCGGGAACGGCACUUCAAAGACUUCCCGUUUAACAUAUCUACUGUCUAG